ACACCGAGAGGGGAGCCGAGACCCUCGGAACGCCCCACGCAGAGCCCCCCCCUCCAGCCAGCAGAGGGGUGCGCGGACCCCCCCAGGACUGCCCCCGCCCCCCCCAUUCCGGGCUCCUAGAGCGUAGCCGGAACGCCUCAACCCGCUCGCCUAGCCUGGCCCCCCAACCCGCGUAUGCCCCCCUCCUCGGGUCCGAGGGGGACUCGUGAAGCACCUCGGCUUGGAGGCAGGGAACCCGAGCUUCGGAGCGACCCAACCUCUCGACUCGCUGCCCGCCCGCGCCUGGAAGCGGGCGCGGAGACCCCGCGAACUCAGAGACCGAACAGACGAGGACAGAAGCGGCAGGCGGCGGACGUGGCCGCGAAGCUGCGCGCCGGGGUGCAGCGCACCCGCCGCGGAGCAGGGAAACCGCGCCUUCCCUCAAACCUGGGCUCCAACCCCGGGCGCUGCUGCCUCGCCAGCCCAGCUGCGCCCUCGGCUCAGGGCCCGCACCCGUGAUGCCGAGCGGAGCUUCCAGCCUUCCGACCCGCUGAAGAAGCAGUAGCCGCUUGCUCGGGGCCGACGGAGACUGUGCGAGCGGAUCGUGCUCGGCGGAGGCUCGGGCUGCGGAGCGCGGGGACUCCGGGGGGGAGGGGGGAGGGACCGUUCUGUCCAUGCCUGGGCGCCAGCCACGGCUUUGAAAGGUCUCCCUGCUCGGCCCCUUAGCAGCUCCACCACGGACUCCGGGAGGCUUCGGGAGACGUCCUGGGGCUUCCCACCCGACCCGAUCGGACUUAAGAAGGUGAUCGCUCUGCUUUCCCUUCCUUUUUCCCGCCUCCUUCCCCCCACUUAACUUUUUGUCUCCACUCGCCCGCAGCUCCCUCCCCUCCGCGCAAACCCACCCGCGGCUGUGCCAACCGCCGGGGCAUGGGCCCCCCAACACGGCUCCCCGAGGCCCCGCGGCACCGCAAGAUGUGAGAGGCCCGGGUCCGGCAGAGCCAGAGCUUCGGGAGAGGAGCUGAUAACCCCCAGCCUCCACACGCCAGGCGAGGUGGCGGUGCGCACUGCACCCCCGCGGUGCUGAGCGUCCCAGAGCGCCCAACCCUGGGCCGGAACGUUUAGCUGGCCGGAGGCGCGCCGCGGAGAGCAGGCUGUCAUGCCCUAUUGAUCCCCCCGCCCCCUGCCAAGUAUGUUUGGGCUGGACCAAUUCGAGCCCCAGAUCAACAGCAGGAACGCUGGCCAGGGCGAGAGGAACUUUAACGAGGCCGGACUAAGCAUGAAUGCCCACUUUAAGGCCCCGGCUUUCCACGCGGGGGGACCCCCUGGCCCCGUGGACCCUGCCAUGAGCGCGCUGGGCGAGCCCCCGAUCUUGAGCAUGAACAUGGAGCCUUACGGCUUCCACGCGCGUGGCCACUCGGAGUUGCACGCGGGGGGGCUGCAGGCGCAGCCGGUGCACGGAUUCUUUGGAGGCCAGCAGCCGCACCACGGCCACCCGGGAGGCCACCACCCCCACCAACAUCACCCCCACUUUGGGGGCAACUUCGGUGGCCCGGACCCAGGGGCCUCAUGCCUGCACGGGGGUCGCCUACUUGGCUACGGCGGCGCCGCCGGCGGCCUGGGCAGCCAGCCGCCCUUCGCGGAGGGUUAUGACCACAUGGCGGAGAGCCAGGGGCCGGAGAGCUUCGGCCCGCAGCGACCCGGGAACCUCCCGGACUUCCACAGUUCGGGCGCCUCGGGUCAUGCGGUGCCUGCCCCAUGCUUGCCGCUGGACCAGAGCCCUAACCGAGCCGCCUCCUUUCACGGCCUGCCCACCUCCAGCGGCUCCGAUUCCCACAGUCUGGAGCCUCGAAGGGUGGCGAACCAAGGUGCCGUCGACUCGCUGGAAUACAAUUACCCUGGCGAGGCGCCCUCGGGACAUUUCGACUUGUUUUCGCCCUCCGAUUCCGAGGGGCAGCUGCCUCAUUAUGCGGCGGGGCGCCAGGUUCCCGGGAGCUCCUUCCCGGGUGCCUCGGCCAUGCCCAGAGCUGCAGGCAUGGUGGGCUUAUCCAAAAUGCACGCGCAGCAGCAGCAGCAGCAGCAGCAGCAGCAGCAGCAACAGCAGCAACAGCAGCAGCAGCAACAGCAGCAGCAGCAGCAACAGCAGCAGCAGCAGCACGGCGUGUUCUUCGAGAGAUUCAGCGGGGCCCGCAAGAUGCCCGUGGGGCUGGAGCCGGGAGUAGGUUCCAGGCACCCGUUGAUGCAGCCUCCCCAGCAGGCCCCGCCGCCCCCUCCGCAGCAGCCCCCGCAGCCGCCGCAGCAACCCCAGCCGCAGCCGCCGCCACCCGGGCUUCUGGUCCGACAAAAUUCGUGCCCGCCUGCGCUCCCGCGGCCCCAGCAGGGCGAGGCGGGCACGCCCAGCGGCGGCCUGCAGGACGGGGGCCCCAUGCUGCCCAGUCAGCACGCACAGUUCGAGUACCCCAUCCAUCGGCUGGAGAACCGGAACAUGCACCCGUAUUCGGAGCCCGUGUUCAACAUGCAGCACCCCCCUCCCCAGCAGGCGCCCAACCAGCGGCUGCAGCAUUUUGACGCGCCCCCCUACAUGAAUGUGGCCAAGAGGCCGCGCUUUGACUUCCCAGGCAGCGCGGGAGUGGACCGCUGUGCUUCGUGGAACGGCAACAUGCACAACGGCGCGCUGGACAACCACCUCUCGCCCUCCGCCUAUUCGGGCCUACCCGGCGAGUUCACGCCGCCUGUGCCCGACAGCUUCCCCUCAGGGCCACCCCUGCAGCAUCCUGCCCCGGACCACCAGUCCCUGCAGCAGCAGCAGCAGCAGCAGCAACAGCAGCAGCAGCAGCAGCAGCAGCAGCGCCAAAACGCGGCCCUCAUGAUUAAGCAGAUGGCGUCGCGGAAUCAGCAGCAGAGGCUGCGCCAGCCCAACCUGGCCCAGCUAGGCCACCCUGGGGACGUGGGCCAGGGCGGCCUGGUACACAGCGGCCCGGUGGGCGGCUUGGGCCAGCCUAACUUUGAGCGCGAAAGCGCGGGCGCGGGCGCGGGGCGCCUGGGCACUUUUGAGCAGCAGGCGCCUCACUUGGCUCAGGAGAGCGCGUGGUUCCCAGGGCCGCACCCGCCGCCGGGGGACCUGCUGCCCCGCAGGAUGGGUGGCUCAGGCCUGCCGGCUGACUGCGGCCCGCACGAUCCGGGCCUGGCGCCUCCCCCUCCCCCCGGUGGUUCCGGAGUGCUGUUCCGUGGCCCUCUGCAGGAGCCGCUGAGGAUGCCCGGAGAGGGCCACGUGCCCGCGCUGCCCUCCCCCGGCCUGCAGUUCGGCGGCAGCCUGGCGGGUCUGGGCCAACUGCAGUCGCCAGGGGCUGGGGUGGGACUGCCCAGCGCUCCCUCCGAGCGCCGACCCCCGCCGCCGGAUUUCACCGCACCAGCGCUCGGGGGCCAGCCUGGCUUCCCAUUCAGCGCAGCGAACCGGCAGGCCACGCCGCACAGCGGCCCAGGCGUGAACUCGCCGCCGAGCGCGGGCGGGGGCGGCGGCAGCACGGGCGGUGGCAGCGGAGGGGGCGCCUACCCGCCGCAGCCUGAUUUCCAGUCCAGCCAGCGCACCUCGGCCAGUAAGCUGGGCGCGCUGUCGCUGGGUUCCUUCAACAAGCCCAGCUCCAAGGACAACCUGUUCGGCCAGAGCUGCCUGGCUGCACUCUCCACCGCCUGCCAGAACAUGAUCGCCAGCCUCGGGGCCCCCAACCUCAACGUGACCUUCAACAAGAAGAACCCGCCCGAGGGCAAGAGGAAACUGAGCCAGAACGAGACCGAUGGCACGGCUGUGGCCGGCAACCCGGGAUCGGAUUACUUCCCCGGAGGAACUGCCCCUGGGGCCCCAGGGCCUGGAGGCCCGUCGGGGACUAGUAACAGCGGCUCCAAAGCCCCAGGGCCGCCCAACCCGCCUGCCCAGGGGGACGGCACCAGCCUCUCCCCAAACUACACCCUGGAGUCCACGUCUGGGAACGACGGCAAGCCGGUCCCCGGGGGUGGCGGCCGGGGACGGGGUCGAAGAAAAAGGGACAGUGGUCACGUGAGCCCUGGGACCUUCUUCGACAAGUAUUCGGCAGCUCCAGACAGUGGGGGCGCGCCUGGGGUGAGCCCAGGGCAGCAGCAGGCACCGGGCGCAGCCGUCGGGGGAAGCUCCACGAGCGAGGCUCGCGGGGCUCCUACGCCUCACGAGAAAGCGCUCACGUCACCGUCGUGGGGGAAGGGGGCCGAGUUGCUCCUGGGGGACCAGCAGGACCUCAUGGCUUCCCUGGACGGUGGAGCCAAGUCGGACGGUAGUUCGCCCCACGUGGGCGAGUUUGCCUCCGACGAGGUGAGCACCAGCUACGCCAACGAGGACGAGGUGUCAUCCAGCUCCGACAACCCCCCAGCCCUGGCCAAAGCGAGUAGGAGCCCCCUGGUGACAGGCUCGCCCAAACUCCCUCCGCGUGGGGUGGGCACUGGGGAGCACGGACCGAAGGCACCCCCACCCCCCCUCGGCCUGGGCAUCAUGUCUACCUCUACCUCCACCCCUGACAGCUACGGCGGCGGGGGCGCGGGCCACCCUGGCACGCCAGGCCUGGAGCAGGUCCGGACCCCAACGAGCAGCAGCGGCGCACCACCCCCGGAUGAGAUCCACCCCCUGGAGAUCCUCCAGGCGCAGAUCCAGCUGCAGAGGCAGCAGUUCAGCAUCUCUGAGGACCAGCCCCUGGGGCUCAAGGGUGGCAAGAAGGGUGAGUGCACCGUUGGGUCCUCUGGUGCGCAGAAUGGUGACAGUGAGCUGGGCAGCUGCUGCUCUGAGGCGGUUAAGAGCGCCAUGAGCACCAUCGACCUGGACUCGCUAAUGGCAGAGCACAGCGCCACCUGGUACAUGCCUGCCGACAAGGCCUUGGUGGACGGCGCAGACGACGACAAGACGCUGGCGCCUUGGGAGAAGGCCAAACCCCAGAACCCCAACAGCAAAGAAGCCCACGACCUCCCUGCAAAUAAGGCCUCAGCAACCCAGCCCGGGAGCCACUUGCAGUGCCUGUCUGUCCACUGCACAGACGACGUGGGUGACGCCAAGGCCCGAGCCUCUGUGCCCACCUGGCGGUCCCUGCACUCCGACAUUUCCAACAGAUUUGGGACAUUCGUGGCCGCCCUGACUUGAAUUGACAAGAAAUGCCCAACCCCCACCAGGCCCUUCACCCUCUCCCACCGCCCCCUCCCCCUGCCCCUGCCCGGAACCCCUUCCCUUGACCCCACCCUCCUAUUAAUUUGAAAGGGCCACUAUUGCUGAGUGGAUGAUUUUUUUUUUCUAGGUUGGUACCUGCUUAGUGGCAUAUGGACCGGAAAGGGUUAAUUUAAAAGGGGGGGGAACCUCAAAAAAUUUUUUUAAAAAAGAAAACUCGUCUGCCACAGUAUGUUACCAGUGUUAACCCUUCUGCAGUUAGCAAACUUUUGCUUCAGCCUUUUUCCUGCUAGAUAAUUCCCGUUUUUCUGUAAUCUUGGCAUACGUUUUUUUAGAUGACCUCUUUCCUUGUUUUAUUUUCAUGCUGCUGUAUGUCCAAGCAUUGUUAUUUCGUACUAAGACAAGAGUUACUUUCUUUUUUAUUCUCUUUUAUUCUCAUUCCUCUCCUCACCAAUCCCCAGUCGUCUUCUUUCUUUCUUUUUUUUUUUUUCUCCUUUUUGCUUUGUUCACUGCUUAUUAAAAUGGAAAUCCUGGAGAAUAGUAGUUCUGGAAUAUUGCCGGGCGAAAGUCAAAUUGUCAUCACGAUAUUAUAUAUUGACACCCAACUGUCAUCAGUCAGGCAGGAGCCAAACAAUUAAUGCCCCCCUUAGGUAUUCCGCCUGGGAUUUUGUUUUGUCUGUUCCCUAAGAAAAUAGAGAGAGAUAUAUUUUCGUUCCUACAAACACACGCUCAGCCCUCAGCUCCAUCCUGUCUUCUGCUGGAAGCUGUCCUCUCUGCAACGGAGGUGAUGACGUGUCCAGCCCGCUCAGUGGGAAGGAGUCGGAAUGUUCAACAGUGGUGUUUUCUCUCCUUUUCUGGGCCUCUGUGCAAACGCCCAGGCUCUGAAUGUUCAUGCUAUGCUAAGCAGUCCUGUGUGCAUGAGGGAUGGUGUCCUUCCAGCUUGCAGAGUCUCUGGGGGCUCCCGGCUUCCGCCCUGUUGUAGCAGGGCUGGCCGGGUCUUGGGUGCCCAAGUUGGGGGAGGAUCCAUUCUCAGCCCUUGACCUUUGCCCAUACAGCUGAUGCCAGCCAGGCCUUGGGGGAGGAAGGAUGUGGGACUGCAUGUAUCUUCCUGACCACUCCCAUUCUGUCCUCACUGCCCAUCUAGUUCUCCCCCUCCAACCUGGGUAGCCCCCCAUCCCUGGGAGGGUUGAGGCUUUUGCCAGCACUUUUCUGGGGACUCAGGGAAGGAGCCCCCAGGCUCAGCCUGCCAAGCCCCCCUUCUCUGAACCUGGGUGUAUUUCUUUGCAGAGGUUGACAGGUUCCUGCGGGCUAUUCGGAAGGAAACAGUGACUUUGAUGCCUAGGCCUUUUUCUUUAACCCCAGAAUACCCCCUGCUCCCCACCUUCUGAUUUAAUCUCACCCUAUUGCAAAACUAGAGCCCUGUUCCAGGCGCCUCACCAAGGAAUCAACUCUUUGAGCAAAGAUGGGGGGUGGCUAGGUGAGCAGGCAGUAGUGAGCAGGGCUCCUGGACACCCCCCACCUCAUUUCGAGGACCCAGAGUGGCAGACGUUGCUGGCCCAGUGCUGGUGGGGCAGGCACCUUUGGGUGCUGUGGAGGCCUAUAAAAGGCUCUUAUGAUUCAGGGGUGGGGGGUCGUGAGGGGCACACAGACUCCAGGGUGGGUCAGACAAGAAGUGACUGAUAGCCCUUCACCCAAACCAGUAACUCCACCAUUUUCCUUCUAUUUUUACUAAAGAGCAAGUCUUACUAAACGCUCUAUUUUGAACCUGGCACCCCCUCCCCUCUGUCCCCAGGUCCCCAGAGUUUCUAGACCUGGCUUUUUUGUUGUUGUUUUUUAAGUAAGUGACCUGAAGGCUUUGAGUUCACCAUACAACACCCACAUUGUUUAUUUCAAAGAACUUUCCAGCAAAGGGAGAAGAGUGUCCAGAAAAAUCUUGCUCUUUCUCCUCCCUCUUCUUUCCUGCUGGGGCCCUUUUGGCUCAGGUCAGCGUCUGGAUUGCCUUUGCUGGGGCCAUCAACCAGGGGCCCAGGUCUGGCCCCUGGGGGCCGGCAGCAGGCAGGCAGAAGAGCAGGUGGUGUGAAUUGAUCAGCAGUGGUAAGGUGUGAACUGACUCAGUCCCGGAGUUCUGCCACCAGAGGAAAGAGAGAGAGAACGUUGCUCCUGCCAGGGGCCGCAGGAGAAAUCAGCCAUAGUCUGAGCAAAACUCCACACCCCUCCUGAUUCCGCAAUGUACAGCUGUUUGAGAGCUUUAUCACUUUAUUUUUUAAACAGGAAUGAUUUCUCCUUCAUUGCUUAAGGCCGGGGAGCCAAGAGUCUCGACUUUCGUCUUUGACUUUCCCUGGGUUGAGUUCAUUAGCACCUGGCCAUCAGCUCCGUAGUCCUAGCAGCGUCGGAAACCCCUGAAGUUUUAAACUUUCUCGCUCCCCACGACCCCAGAAUGGAACAGCUUUAAAAAUAGCCUUAAGCAAAAGGAUGUUAUUUCAUUAAAUUUGGUUUAAUGGAAAGAAUAAAAGCAAAUUAAAAACACACCCAACCCACGAGACUCCAAACACUGGUAAUCGGUACUGCAUAGCAAACUUUUUUUGGGAAAGAAAACGAAAACGUUAUUGCACAUGUAAAAUAUAAAAUCUUAACUCUGCUGUGUGUUAGGCAAUCCUGUAAUCUUUUUUGACUCUUAAAAGAAAUUCAUUUCUGAAAUGCUUGGUUGGAAGACUGUGACAAUAGCUCAUGAAAUUGAGUGUUAUUUUUUUCUUUCUUUUUUAAAAAAAAUAUGUAAAGUGCAGUCUUCUGUAUUCAUGCAUAUUGUAUAUACCUGUAUAUGUUUUCCUGAGCAGCUAAAUAACAAUAAAUAUGACGUUAAUGGUGA